GCCUAUUUCAUUACAACAAAACCUUCUUUGCAUAAACCCUAGAAAGAAAGAAAAUGGAAGACAAAGAAGAAAACCCCCAAAACGACAGCGUACAAGCCAACGGUCAACAGUCCAGCAAGAAGCGAAAGAAGCAGAAAGAAGUUGCCAUCUUCGGCAACUACAGAAAUUACUACAGUUAUCGCAUUGAUCAAGGGUUGGAAGAAGAUCCUAGAAUUAAGGUUAUGAAGAAAGAAUGGUUUGAAGGGAAAAACUGUCUUGAUAUUGGCUGCAAUAGUGGAUUAAUUACCAUCACAAUCGCAAAAAAGUUUGGUUGCGAGAAAAUUCUUGGGAUCGACAUAGAUUCAGCUCGAAUUGAGGAUGCAUAUUGGAACCUAAGAAGAAUUGUGAAAUCGAGUGAAAGUAAGAAGAAUCAAAAGGUUGACAAGUCAAAAGAUGUCGGAACCAAUGGUAUAACUGAUCCGCCAGAUAAAACGGGCCGGGUUGAAAUUUCAGCGGAUUCUCCUGCUUCACAUCUGUUUGACCAAGUCUCUUUCCAGAAAGACAAUUUCGUUCUUGGUUGGACAAUACCAGGAGAUAAGGUGUACGAUACCAUUCUUUGCCUAAGUGUUUCCAAAUGGAUCCAUUUGAACUGGGGCGAUGAGGGUUUAAUAACACUAUUCUCAAAGGUUUGGCGGCUUCUUAAACCUGGUGGUAUUUUUAUUUUGGAACCUCAGCCGUGGAAAUCAUACGUCAGUAACCGUCAAGUGUCGGAGGUAGCGUCGACUAACUACAAGAAUCUUAAAAUAUUUCCAGAUCAAUUUCAGGAGAUUCUUUUGGACAAGAUCGGAUUUAGGAAAAUCGAGAACUUAAGUUCGAGUUUAUCUGGAAGCAAAACCGGGUUUAAUCGGCCAAUCUUAGCUUUAUGGAAGUGAAUACGUUCGGCUUUUGGGUAUCCAUUUUUGUUCUACAGGAAACCCUUUUAUAGAUGAAUGAAAUGUGAAUGGAUAUCGUUUAUACAAGUGCCGAUAUCAAUCCUAUAUCUUGUCUUGGUUGAUUACUAAAACCGCAUAUCGCAUCUUGAUACCA